AGCGAUGCUGUUGCCCAUCAGCUGAUGCAAAUAAUUGUUUGUUAAGAAUUUUUAUGAGAAUUGUAAAAAAAUCGCGUUCAUAAAUCCAUUCAAUAUAUUGUAAGUGAAGCUCGAUCAAAAAAAAUCUGAGCUAAAGAUCAUUUUGCAACAACACACAAUCAAGUUGUAAUCGCGAUAUGGAUGCAAACGGCGGAAAAAAAUGCAGUGAUCUGCAGUUGGAGUUGGAAAAUGCACGGGACACUUUGCUUGUUUUAAACGACAGUAUAAGACGAAUUGUGGGCCGUACCAAGCACGUUAAGGACGGAAGAUCAGAUAAAGUUACUCCAUAUGAAGCUAAACAAUAUGAAACAGAUAAUUUAAAAAAUAGAUCCGUGGAUUCCAGUACGACCAAAAAAGGCAGUGGUGGAAACAGGUCGGUCUUUAAGAGACUCUCGUCACCAUCAACUCGAUAUGUUGAUGAGUUGAAACCCCGACUUACGUCACGUGUUAUCCGAGAGCUGCCUUCCCGCCAGGAUAUUGUUAAUGCACAAUGUGCAGAUUCUGAGUCUAGAGCCAGGAAUCGGCGCAUGUUUGGUUCUCUGCUGGGAACUUUGCAUAAAUUUUGUCAAGAAGAAUCACGCUUGAAGCAAAAAGAGGAGAAAAAGGCUCAAAUUGAGAAAAAACUAGAACAGCAAGAAAUCAUCGAGCGGGAAUCGCUCAAAAAGGAAAGACAAUCUUUGUUUUACUACAGAAAACGCAAGCAAUUGGAAAUUAAGACUUUGGAGAAGAAAAUAAGUAGAGUGAAAGAUUUUGAAACUUGGGAGGCUUCGAUGAGUAGUUUAAAGCCCUUUAUAAAAACAAAGACAAGUCCUAGCAUAUAUUUUAAGCCUAAAAUUUUAACACUACAAACACAAAAAUUGCAGUCCGAUUGUGAGGCCGCCUUAUCUAAAAUUAUAAGCGACAAAAAAGCUGCUCUCAGCCAAGAACUAAAUGCCAUGGAAGAGGAGCUCGAAGUGCCAGAAAUUGACAUGGAUGAUAAUAGUAAUAUAGAAAAGGACGAUAAAAUGGACGUUUCACUUUCUCCAGAUAAGAACAAAUUGAACCAUUUGCCAGAUAAGGCAGGAAAAAGCGCACCGUAUCACAAAGAAAAUAAAUGCCGCAGCAUACACGAGCCCACAUUAAAUAGUAGUAUUGUUGUGGUCAAUUCUGAUGCAUGCCAUGAUUUUCGGUGAAUAAUGUAUUAGGAUGAUGCAAAAAUAAAUUACGUAUAAUUCCCGAGAAUAAAAAAAAACUAUGAUAUCUAAUAGUCUCCUCAAGUAACUGCAAUUGUCAUCAGUCAUUACAUUAUCAAUGAAGAGUCCUAUUGGAUAGAUAUGUAUGUAUGAGGUUUUAUAUGUAAAUACAUGCAAAUAAUUUAUGAAUUUCUAUCUUCGCGACAAAUUCUUAUAAAAUAUAAUUAAUAAAAACCAACUAACUGAUGGAAUUUCCCAAAAAUAUA